AUGAAUUUUAACUUAUUACCUAACGAAAUCUUACUUACUUUCUUCGAUUAUCUGGAUGGUGAUGAUCUUCUUCAUGCAUUUGAUGGUCUCAAUGCUCGUAUCAAUGCUCUUCUCUACAAACAAUAUCGACGUUAUUACUUCGAUUUCUCCGUACUAUCCAAACGUAAUUUUGAUUUAAUAUGUCAACAAUACAUUCCAUUAAUUGCUGAUCACAUUCUUGCUCUUCAUCUUUCUGACUCUGAAUUGACUCCAGGACAAAUUAGUCUAUUUUUUUCUUAUAUACCAUCGUUGAGACAAUUCACUCAUUUACGUUCGCUUUCAUUUACUUACCUUCGUUCAAAAGACAUUCUACUUAAUGUCGCCAUUGAAUUGCCUCAUCUUGUUCAACUUACUCAUUUGGAGUUCAAGUCUUGUUCCAUUCCAGACUAUGAUGAAACGGAUUUCGAACUGCUGACAAAUAAUAUUUGGAACUUGCCGAACUUAACUCAUUGUUAUUUCAAUAUUGAUAAGACAGAACAACAAUCGUUUAUUAUACCGUCAAAGAUCUCGUCAUCACUUAAAUAUUUAUCUAUCAAUAACGAUGUAUUAAAUUGGAAUUUAAUCAAUCGAUUGUUUCAACAUACACCAAAUCUCAAAUAUCUUCGCGCACAUAUUGAUUGUUCGAAAAAUGGUGACGGUUACAUAGGAUCAUCUUUUUCAACAUUGACUAGUUUAAACAUUUUUAUUGCUGGAAGUCACUCAUCAAAAAUCAUCCCAUUUUUGCAGAAUACACCGAAUUUACAUCAUCUGAACAUUAGAAUAGCAGGUCCCAAUUUCAUUGAUGGUUAUCAAUGGGAAGAUCUCAUACGUAACUAUUUACUAAAACUGAAAACGUUUCACUUUUCAAUGAUAAAUUUACAUUGUAUUCGAUUGAUGACAGAGGAACAAAUUCAUGAAUUAAUGCAUUCAUUUCGAAGUUCAUUUUGGAUUGAUGAACAUCAAUGGUUUGUUCGAUGUAUAGGUGAUGGAUACUAUAUUCGUUUUGAAACUGUGUCGAACGCAUUUCGUUAUGCUGCUGGCACGCUUCCUAGUGUGUUCAAAUCAACAGAUUCAUAA